CUCAUCAGUCUACUCGUACUCAUCCUCGCCUCUUAGACACCACCAUCAUUCAUGACCUUCUGUCUGCUUGCCCACGUGGUACGGCACAAGAUACUCCAUCUUCUUCCAGGUCGUUGGAUUGAUGCCUAACAGACUUGUAACGGCGCCUCGCUGACCAUGAAAUUAGCGAAUCCAAUGCGCAAUUGAUAACCUCUGAAUCCGUUGUCCACCAUGGACGCUAUUCAGAAAGAGCACGAUAAGAUUCGGAACAAUAGCCAGCAGUCAAAGACCCUACAAAAUGUCGACGACAUCAUCCAACAACUUCAGAGAGCGCGUGACGCCAUCGCCGAAGACCCCAAUGCAAGACAGAUCACCCUCGCGAAACUGCAGAACCCGGUCAAGGCCUCCUUCGAUAGCAUAUUCACCGGUUUAAAGGAUACACAUGGACUCCACAACAAGUAUACUCGUGCUUUGGAUAAGGUGUUCAAGGAAAAAGUGCCCAGCAGCGACAUUGAUGCCCUCUCGUCCCAUCCCACAUUGAUUAAACGAUCCAUAUAUCUACACCUACUCCGCGAGGGACUUUUCGACGUGGCCUCAACUCUCCAUGCCGAAGCACUCGAGCAGCAGGAAGCUGCAGCCAACCUGGGCUUGGAUGUGUCUAUGGAACAUCCCCUUGGCCUUGACAAGAGCUCGGAAGAGAAUAUGCAGGAGCAGUUCUCCAACAUGUACCAUAUUGUCAAAGAGUUGAAGGAGCACCACAAUUUGCACCCGGCUAUUCAAUGGGCACGAUCGAAUGCUGCACUGCUUGAAGCACGAGGAAGCAAUCUAGAGUUUGAACUCUGCAGGUUGUACUUUGUCAGUCUCUUCCUAGAACGGCAGGACGAAGAUCCGCACGGAAUCGCUGGACCAAUGCGUGCUCUGCAGUAUGCUCAAACCGAAUUUCAGUCAUUCCGUGGUCGCUACCUUGUGGAAAUUCAACAGUUGAUGGGCGCCAUACCUUUCUACUCAAACCUUGAGGAAUCCCCCUACCAACUCAGAUUUGAUAACUCGACAGCUUGGGACGAAGUUGCCACUUCCUUCACACGAGAAUUCUGCUCCCUUUUAGAACUCUCAGCAGACUCGCCGCUCUACGUCGCGGCAACAGCAGGAGCUAUCGCUCUCCCAACUUUAAUGAAGCUGCAAACGAUACAAAAGCAGAAACGGACGGAAUGGACUUCGCAGAACGAAUUACCAGUCGAGACUCCACUGCCACCCUCUUAUCAAUUCCAUUCGAUAUUCGUUUGUCCUGUAUCCAAAGAGCAAACAACUGAUCAGAAUCCGCCGAUGAUGCUGCCUUGCUGCCACGUUAUCGCAAAGGAGUCUCUACAGAAGCUGAGCAAGGGUAUCAAGCUCAAAUGCCCUUAUUGUCCAAUAGAGAGUCAUCCUAAGGAGGCACGCAGAGUAUUCUUGUAAGGAGCCGGACACAAGCCAGCCCUUGUUUAGGAACAUUUAUCUUGUUUACGGCGUCAGGAGGAUGGAGUAUGGGGGUAUGCGAAUCGGGUAUCAUAGAUUCACCAUGACCAUUGGUUCGGUAUAUAGUUGAACACAGACAGUAACUAGCACAGGGACUGGAGUACAAUCACAAUCACAAUUUUUCUUCCUGUCAAA